CGGUGCGGCUUGCCCGCCCUCCGUCCCCCCGGCGUUGGUUCGCGCCGCCGAGCGCCGGGCCCGGUCUCUGUGCGCGCGGCCCGCGGGCGCAUACUGCGCGCUGCCCCCCGAACCUCCUGGGCGUCCGCGCUUUCGCGGAUGCUGCGCUCCCGAGUCAUGGCUCUCGCCGUCCGCGUCGUUUACUGUGGCGCUUGAGGCUACAAGUCCAAGUAUCUUCAGCUCAAGAAGAAGUUAGAAGAUGAGUUUCCUGGGUGCCUGGACAUCUGCGGCGAGGGGACUCCUCAGGCCACGGGCUUCUUUGAAGUGAUGGUAGCAGGGAAGUUGGUUCACUCCAAGAAGAAAGGCGAUGGCUACGUGGACACGGAGAGCAAGUUCCUGAAGCUGGUGGCGGCCAUCAAAGCCGCCUUGGCUCAAGGCUAAUGCACCCUGAAGGCAGAGUCCAGUGACCUUGGUCCGGCCCCUGUCGGCAGACGCUUCAUGACAGGAAGGACUGAAAUGUCUCACUGACGCCUGGUCUUUCCCUGAUGUUCUCGCGGCCGCCGGGCGGGGCGCAUACUGACGUCCCUGGUCGUUGUCUGUGGGUGUGUGUGUGUGUGUGUGUGUGUGUGUGUGGCCCCCGGAGUCUAGCUUUGCACUCUGGACCUGCCCCUUCCUCUGUCUCACCUUUUGCCAUCCCCCUGGGGAGCUGAGAGAGGGAUCCGGAUGAGUGAGCCUCAGAUUUCGGCAAUGUUUGCAGCAGUUCACGACUCAAUAAAUACUAGAUGUAUCUGUG